UCGGCUCGGCUCGGUCUGCAGAUCGGGUGGGGGUGGGCGGCUAGUGUGACAGCGGCGGUGGCAGAGGCUGCGGCGCGGGGCUGAGCAAGCGGCGAGCGUGGAGCGGGUAAGAGGAGGAAGUGGAGCAGCGGCACGGAGCUCCAGAGUCCGCUGCCGGGCUAGGUCCGCCCAGAUUUGCAGAGCGAGCCGUGUCGGGACCUGGGCAGACUUUGCCGUGCUCCGGUCGCUGGCGCCCCGCCUGCCCUGCCCUGCCCUGCCGGUCCGAGCUCGUCGUUCCGCGCCUGGACUUUGCCAGCUCGGUGGUCUGCAGCUGCUUGAUCCGGAGCUCCGAGGCGGGACGCGCCCGGCCCCACCAUACCGACCCUUCUCCACCCGUGUUCCCUUCGCCCCCGGGUCGGCGCAGGGUGGCCCCACUCCCGGACCUGAGCUGGGACGCCCACCGGUCUCUGGUUCCGCGAGAACACAAGCCUUCAGCUGCCUUGGACCGGACUGCUGGACUUGAAACUAUACUGGCGUCGCCCGGGUCCAGCGCACCGUGAGGGGUCCCAAGCAGGCAGGACAGUCAGACUGAACCCCUGGUCUGGUGCUGCGAGCCGAAGCUGCCACCUUCCUCCGCCCUGGGCUAAGGACUUGGGGGUGCCUGCACCAAAGAGAACACAGGGGCUUCUUCUGCCCUACUCUCCAGCGAGCUGAGGUUGCAGCUCUGAUUGAAGUGACAUCACCAUCUUUGUGAACAGGACACCCCUGGAGCACAGCCAACAGUCACUGGACCUUCUUCCAGUACCAGUCAGGGGCCUCCAUGGGCGCUUGAGGGCUGGGUGCCAGGGCCGCGGGCACGAGCAUGGUGAGACACCAGCCCCUGCAGUACUACGAGCCCCAACUGUGCCUCUCAUGCCUCACCGGCAUCUAUGGCUGCCGCUGGAAGCGUUACCAACGCUCACACGACGACACCACACCGUGGGAACGGCUGUGGUUUCUGCUCCUGGUCUGCACCUUCAGCCUCACCCUCACCUGGCUCUACUUCUGGUGGGAGGUUCACAAUGACUACGAUGAGUUCAACUGGUACCUCUACAACCACAUGGGCUACUGGAGCGACUGGUCCGUGCCCAUCCUUGUGACCACAGCUGCGGCCUUCACAUACAUCGCAGGCCUCCUGGUCCUGGCUCUCUGUCACAUCGCUGUGGGGCAGCAGAUGAACCUGUACUGGCUACACAAGAUGGUGCUGGUAGUCAUCCUGGCCUCCACCGUGGUGGCCAUGUCAGCCGUGGCCCAGCUGUGGGAAGAUGAAUGGGAGGUGCUGCUGAUCUCUCUGCAGGGCACAGCGCCGUUCCUGCACAUAGGGGCCCUGAUGGCCAUCACUGCCCUCUCCUGGAUAGUAGCAGGACAGUUCGCCCGUGCAGAGAGGUCCUCCUCUCAGGUCACCGUUCUUUGUACCUUCUUUGCUGUGGUCUUCACCCUCUACCUGAUCCCCCUCACCAUCUCUUCUCCCUGCAUCAUGGAGAAAAAGGACCUGGGUCCCAAGCCUGCCCUCAUCGGCCAUCGGGGUGCUCCCAUGCUGGCUCCAGAACACACGCUGAUGUCCUUCCGGAAGGCCCUGGAGCAGAAGCUGUAUGGGCUGCAAGCUGACGUCACCAUCAGCCUGGAUGGUGUGCCCUUUCUCCUGCAUGACACCACCCUGAGGCGAACCACCAACGUGGAGCAGGUGUUUCCAGAGCUGGCCCGGAGGCCUGCUGCCAUGCUCAACUGGACUGUCCUGCAGAGGCUCAACGCUGGCCAGUGGUUCCUCAAGACUGACCCCUUCUGGACAGCCAGCUCCCUGUCACCCUCAGACCACAGGGAGAUCCAGAACCAGUCCAUCUGCAGCCUGGCAGAGCUCCUAGAACUCGCCAAGGGAAAUGCCACACUGCUGCUCAACCUGCGAGACCCGCCCCGUGAUCACCCGUACCGUGGCAGCUUCCUCAACAUCACGCUAGAGGCCGUGCUGCAUUCAGGAUUCCCACAGCACCAGGUCAUGUGGCUGCCUAACAGGCAGAGGCCUCUAGUACGGAAGAUGGCUCCCGGCUUCCAGCAGACAUCCGGGUCUAAAGAAGCCAUCGCCAGUCUACGGAGAGGUCACAUCCAGAAACUGAACCUUCGCUACACUCAGGUGUCCCACCAGGAGCUCAGGGACUAUGCAUCCUGGAACCUGAGUGUGAACCUCUACACCGUCAACGCACCGUGGCUCUUCUCCCUGCUGUGGUGUGCCGGGGUUCCAUCCGUCACUUCUGACAACACCCAUACUCUUUCUCGGGUGCCUUCUCCACUCUGGAUCAUGCCCCCAGAUGAAUACUGCCUCAUGUGGGUCACUGCCGACCUGAUCUCCUUCAGCCUCAUCGUUGGCAUCUUUGUGCUCCAGAACUAUCACUUGAUCAGGUGGCGCCUGGGUGGCAUCCGGAGUUAUAACCCAGAGCAGAUCAUGCUGAGCGCUGCCGUACGCCGGACCAGCCGGGACGUCAGCAUCAUGAAAGAGAAGCUCAUCUUCUCAGAGAUCAGUGAUGGUGUGGAGGUCUCUGAUGAGCUCUCCGUGUGCUCAGACAGCAGUUUUGACACCUAUGCCAACAGCACAGUCACUCCCGUGGGUCCUCGCAGCGGUGGCAGCCGUGCCAAGACCCUCACAGACCGGGGUGGCCAUUAGCUGAAGGUCUGUCUGCCUGACGUGUACCUAAGGUAGCAUCUAGAAGAGAGGCACAGACAGAAACUGCGCUUGCGGCGAGGGAGCUGGUUCCGCAGCCUGCUUGAAUGCCCCAAGCUCCUUUGUCAGUUCCAGCCUCUCUUGGGGGAUGACCUCUCCACUGAGGCCCAGGUGGGCCAGGACUCUAGCCUCUCAGAUGCCCCUGCAGGCCUGGGGCUUUUCAUCCGGGAGUGUGGGCCUAGUCUCCUGGUCCAUCUUGAAGCCAUCCUUGGCCUCCCAACCUGGAAGGUUUGCCGUGUGCCCCGUGGAAGUGGAGGGUGUGGCUGCGUCCCUGGGCCCACUCCUGUCUAUUCAUCUGUCCAUGCUGUGAGAUGAGAGACUCUUCUCAUUCUGCCUUUGAGGAUGUGGGCUGGGCCUCACCCCUGCCUGGCAGCUCUACUCUCUGCACCCAUCUCAAAGCACAAGAAGUUCAUCUCAGGAGGAAAAUCAGUGGCUAUGGUGGAGACAUGUUCCUCCCAACCAGCUUCGCUCCACCGCCGGCCUCUGAGUCCCCGAGAAGUAGCUAGAGAUGUCCAGAGUCACAGGUUCGGGGUUGUUCUGCCUCAUACCCAAUUGUCCAACAGGCCCUCUGGGUCAGAAGAAGCCUUGAAGACCACAUGGUCAACAGACUGAUAUGACCUCAGGUUCCCACAGCAGUGUCUGCAGGGCAAUGGGCCACCCGGGCAAAGCGCUGUGAGCUCUGUCAAGCAUGGUCGUCUGGCCAGAAAUGCCUACAGGAGAGGGAACCUAUGGGCCAGGACAAUUAAAGCUGCCGUCUUAAUGUGUGCUGUCUCUGAGUUGUCAGUAGCAAUUUGGGGACACAUGGUGUGGAUUUGGGUUUGGGUGCUGGCCCCUGGGUUUGAGGAAGAGCCAUUUCAGAGAUGAAAAUGAAAAUGACUGAAUAUCCAAACUCUUCCCUUGGUCAGUCAUGAUGCUGGGGCUUCGGCAACCCUAGAUUACAAAAACAAUGAAUGCCCCCCCCCCCGUGGGGGGCAGUAUAGCAAAGAGAUCAUCCAAGGUCGCAUAGCUUUGAACAAGCAAAGCCAGAGCCACUCUGAGAACAUCCACGCCCUUAACUCGUGCUUAAAAUGUCUUGUAGGGUGUGGUAGCACAUGCCUUUAAAACUAUCUUUUUAAAUUUUAAAAAAUAUUUAUUUGUAUGUACAUAUGGGUACUCUCAGAGUCCAGAAGAGUGUAUUGGAUCUGGGUCUGCUGGAGGAGCAGCCAGUGCUCUUAACUUUAUUGAUCCAUCUCUCCAGCCCCCAAGAUGUCUUUCUGAAAAAAUAAACUCAAGUGGACUGAAGAGAUGGCUCAAUAGUUAAGAGUAUUGGCUAAUCCUCCAGAGGACCAGGUUUCAAUACCCAACACCCACAUGGUGGCUCCUAGCUGUCUGACUGGCUUCCACCAUACAUAGUACAGACAUACACACAGGUGAGACACCCAUAUACAUAAAAUAAUGUAUUUUUUGAGGCAGGGUCUCUCUACAUAGUCCUGGCUGUCCUGGAAUUCACUAUGUAGACCAGGCUAGCAUUGAGCCGAUAUCUCCCUUCUUCUGACUCCCUAGUGCUGGGGUUAAAAGUGUGUGCUACCAUACCUGGCUCAAAAACAAAAUCAAAAAACUCCAACUCUGGGGCUGGAGAGAUGGCUCAGAGGUUAAGAGCGUUGCCUGCUCUUCCAAAGGUUCUGAGUUCAAUUCCCAGCAACCACAUGGUGGCUCACAACCAUCUGUAAUGGGGUCUGGUGCCCUCUUCUGGCCUGCAGGCAUACAC